AGAGUGCUUGAAACAUGGUCGUUGAGAGCAGAGGUGAGGAAGGCGAUCAUUGUGGAGGAGGCGGGUAAGGAGAUCGGUGAGAGGGAGCUCGGGCUCAUGGGUGAGGGCUGUGGCGAGGUGGGGGAACCAUACCCGCUUGAUGCGGGAGAUGAAGACGUAGUCGGGAAUGAGAGUCGACGAGAUGUGCAGGCGGAGGGAGCGAACGUAAUGGAUGAAUCGCUCGAUGGGGCCGGUUUAGCGGAGGUUGCAAAAUUGAUCGAUGCAGUCAUCGAUGGUCUUUUGCGGACGGAAGGUGGUGAUGAGAAGGUCGGCCCAUUGAAGGAAGGUGAUGCGGGGAAGGUCGUUGGCUCGGUGGUUGUUGGCUUCGGUUAACCACCAUUGAGCGGCGGCGCCUCGGAGGCGAGAGGUUGCAAUGGGGAGCCAAUGAGCGAGGGGCAUGUUGUGGAGAUCGAAGGCAUUUUGAAUU